AUGGCAGUGGAUUCGCGAUUAAUCACCGCACACGGCGCCACGGAGCAUUCAGCGGAGCCCGCGUUGCUCCCCACAACCUCCACGUUCUUCUCUUCCAACAAAUCCGCCGAUUCCUCCUCUUCGCCUUCCACCUCUUCGUAUUCCUCGAACGGCAGCACUGCCAAGGCCUAUCAAGAGGUCCCUAUCUACCGCGCGACGGACGCGGCGCCACUGCCCGAAGCGCCCUCUCCGUCCUUUAGUCCGUUUCGCACCGCGCCGUACAGCGACCGCUUUAUUCCCAGCCGCUCGUCGUCGCUCGCCUUCUCUUUCCCGCUCCUCGACCGCCCCGGCGACCCUCCGCAAACGUCGCACGGUUUCGGCGCGGGCCCCGAGGGGCGGGAGGACAGCGCAGCGGCGUACUCGCUGCUGCUCAAGUCGCAACUGCUCGGCGGGCAGCUUUCCGCGCCGCCUGCGCUAGGAUCGAGCGGCGCCGCGGAUCACGGCGGGUUGAGCGGGCUGGACUCGCCGCUGUCGCUGUCGCCCAUAGGGUUGGACGCCGCCUUGUGCGGGCUGCCGUUCAGCCCCAAAAAGGCGCCGCGAAAAAUUGCAAGAUCGCCGUUCAAGGUCCUCGACGCGCCGGCGCUACAGGACGACUUUUAUCUGAACCUGGUCGACUGGUCGUCCACCAACGUGCUCGCCGUGGGGCUCGGCUCGUGCGUCUACCUCUGGAGCGCCGCUAGCAGCAAGGUGACGAAGCUGGUGGACGUGGGCCCCAGCGACGCUGUGUGCUCUGUCAGCUGGACGCAGCGCGGCACGCUGCUGGCCGUCGGGACCAACAACGGUCACGUGCAGGUGUGGGACGUGGUGAAGGGGCGUCGGGUGCGGUCCAUGGGCGGGCACAGGGUGCGAGUGGGAGCCAUGGCGUGGGCGGCGAACGUGCUCGCCACAGGCAGCCGCGACCGCAGCGUGCUGCAGCGGGACGUGCGCGCCCCGGUGGACUUUGUAGCUCGGUUGACGGCGCACAGGAGCGAAGUGUGCGGGCUCAAGUGGUCGCCUGAUGACAGGGAAUUGGCGUCUGGGGGCAAUGAUAACCAGCUACUGAUCUGGAGCGUGCUGACCUCACAACAGCCAGUGGUGCGAUUCACACAGCACCAGGCGGCAGUGAAGGCCAUCGCCUGGUCGCCCCACCAGCACGGCCUGCUGGCUUCAGGAGGCGGCACGGCAGACCGCUGCAUUCGCUUCUGGAACACUGCCACUGCCACGCCUCUUUCCUGGGUCGACACUGGUAGCCAGGUGUGCAACCUCCUCUGGUCACGCAAUGCCAACGAGCUGGCAAGCACACACGGCUACUCGCAGAACCAAGUCGUAGUCUGGAAAUACCCCUCCAUGGCCAAGUUGGCCACCCUAACCGGCCACACCAUGCGGGUGCUCUUCCUUGCUGUGUCGCCGGAUGGCCUGACCAUUGUCACGGGAGCUGGCGACGAGACCCUUAGAUUCUGGAACGUCUUUCCGGGAACCAAGUCCCAGGGCCCCCAAAGCUCAUCCAUGCUCGCGUCAGAGCGAAGCCACAUCCGCUGA